UAAAGCCAAUUCCACUUCCCUCACUGAGACUUAUAAUAAUAAUCUCUAUCAAGGAACUUUUAUGAUGGGUCAAACUGGAAACAAUCAUACCUCCUUUCGAAUUACCGAAAAUGAAGCAGUCAAACUAAUCACCCGCACAGUUAAAGAAAUCGGUAAAAUCAAAAAGACUGAGUUCGAUGCUUAUGUGAAUGGAGCCGGCAAAUCUACUUUGGCGGAUGUAGAUAACACCAUUAAAGGCACUACUUUGGAUGAAAACGGCAAUCGGAUAGAGCAUCCUGAUAAAGGAAAACCCGCCAAUGGCCACCGCAUUGAAUACAGUUUUGGCGAUGAUUACACUAAAAAAGAUGGUAAUCCAGUCGCCACAAACAAUUUUACCCAUACUGAAUUAAAGCAAUUAUUUAAUUUAGCCAAAUUAUUUAGCGACCAUAAUUGGACUUCGGCAUUGAAGGCUAUCUUGACAACAACGGCAAUUCUAACUUCUAUGCCACUAACUACGGCACCAGAAUUAGCGAUGGCUCGAAAUAUCGCCCCGUCGAAUACAGUUGAGACAGUCAAUUUGAAUUCUUUUACAAAUGAUCCGAUUAAACAACUAUUCGCUGAUUUAAGAAGUUAUGACACUACUUCUAGCACCGCCACGGACAAGGGAGGCACCGGAACUGAAUCCACCCCUAACUACGAUAUUUUCACUGAUGGCACUAAUCACUUUACUUACCAAGAGUUCCCGGAAUUCUACUUAGAUGAAGAAUCCCGCUUAGAAAGUUUACAAGUCAAUAAAGAUCUGAUCACCGAAGAAAUCAAAGCCGGUCGUAAAGAGUUAGACCAAGCCGAAAAAGAUUACCAAACUGCUCGCAAACAACUUUUCGCUAAAGAAAAAGAACUGGAUGACAAAAUUACCACUAAAAUCACUGAUUUAAGAAAAGAAUUAAAAGAAAAAUAUAAGGUUGUUUGUAUUGAAAAAGAUGGUAAAGUGGAAAAAGUUAAUGAUGACUUCCUCGCUUUCCUAAAAGGCAAGGAUGCCGAGUUAACUAAUCUGGAAAAGUUAAUCGAGAAAAAAGAACCCAAAGAGGUAAUCUUACUCAUUCACCAUGAACUAGGAGGUAAAAAAGAAGUAGAUAAUUACGAACUAACUGAGGAGGAUAAAAAAGCGGGUGGCAAUUUUGAGAAAUUUCUUUAUCAAACUGCCAUUGGCAAAAUUAAUGAAAGUGCUUUAACUAAGCCCACUGAGGAAAAUGGUGGUAAUGGAACUCCAACGAUAGAUGAUCCAAAAUGA